AUGGGCAAGAGGAACAAAGGGCGGGGCGGGCAACGCGACCAGCCGCAAUGUCAUCCCGCCCAGCAGCCCCCUCAGCACCGCCUGGCGCAGCCGCAACAGCCGGAGGAUGGGAGGACGGAGGAUCCCGCAAGCUGCCGCGCUGCUCAGAACGCGGCGCAGCAGCAAGGACGCGCCGGCGAAAAAGGGGUCGUGGCGGCCGUACCAGUGCCAGUUGCCGCUGCCAACCCGCCCAGCAACGUGCCCCUCCAUGAUGGCACAGCAAGCAGCAGUGGAAUUUCGAGAGGCAGCAGUAAUUGGAGACGUCCCAAAACCCCCCCUCCCGUCCUCACUCCCUUCCUCCCUCUCCUCCCCCCUCCCUUCCCCCCUCCCUUCCCCCCCUUCCCGCCCCCCCUCCCCUCCCCCCAUCUUCUCCCUGCUUUCAGCUCCAUGGCGGCACAGCAAGCAGCGGUGGCAGCCAGAGAGGCAGCCGUGGGGGAGAGGGAGGACGGGGUGACGCAGAGGGAGGAGCGAGUGAGGGCGAGGGAGGAGAGGGCGAAGGAGAGGGAGGAGAAAGUGAGGGUGCGGGAGGAGAAGGUGAGGGCGCGAGAGGUGGAGUGGCAGAAGCAGAGAGGCGCAGCUGCUGUGUCUGCUACUACGGCUUCUGGUGGCGGAAAAGUUGCUUCAGAGGCAAAGAUGGCUGAUCUGUGCCGCAGGGAGAGGCAACUACAGGCAAACCAGGCAGCGGUGGCGGCGCAGCAGAGGCAGGUGUUUGAGGUGGAGCGAGAGCUGGCAGGGCGGGAGAGGGCUCUGCAGCAUGCGUGGGCGCAGCACCGCCUGCACCUGCAGACCAUGGGGUGGACUGCACGAGGGGGAUCGGCGCAGGGGCAGGGGCAGGGGCAGGGGCAGGGGCAGGGGCAGGGGCAGGGGCAGGGGCAGGGGCAGGAGGGACAGGGAUUGCAACAAGAGAAGGAACAAGGGGGCGCGGCAGUAGCGGUUGUAGGUGCGCCUGUGGCUUCUGGCUUGACUGGAAGGAAAGGGGAAGGGGGGGGAGGUGAUGGGGCAUCGGAUGUGGGAAGGCAGGGGAGCAGUGAGGGGCUUGUGGGACUGCAAGAGGGAGAAGGCUAUGGAGAGAAGAGGAGUGUGAGUGAAGGGGGUGCUGUUGCUGCUGGUUCUGCUGGUGCUACUGGUGCUGCUGGUGCUGCUGGUGCUACUGGUGCUACUGGCGCUACUGGUGCUACUGGUGCUGCUGGUGCUGCUGGUGCUACUGGUGCUACUGGUGCUACUGGUGCUGCUGGUGCUACUGGUGCUGCUGGUGCUGUUGGUGCUGCUUGUGCUACUGGUGCUGAAGGUGGUGAAGGUGGUGCUGGUGCUGCUGGCUUGGAGGGGGGUGGGGAGAGAGGGGCAAGAGCAGUGAUGGUGGGCGCAAGAGAGGGGGAGUCGGGAGGGGAAGGGGAGAAGGUGGAGGAGAGGCGAGGGUUGGCAGAGGAAGGGGAGCAGCUGCUGGGAAAAAAAGGGACAGGAAUGGAGGGGGAAGAUGAUGCAGGUGGUGUUGGGGAGGAAAGGGACGAGGGGCAGCAAAAUGUUGAGGAGGUUGACGUGGAGUCACACGCAGGAGGAGGGAGGGAUGCAGUGCGGGAUGGCAAUGAGGGUGUGGGAGGCCGCAGGGGUGCCGCAGAGGGUGGAGGGGUUGAUGGGGGAGAGGCAGAGGAAGAUAUAGAGGAGGAGACGAGGUUGGGAGGUCAGGAUAGGGCUGUGACGGGGGGUGGAGGAGCGGUGCAAGGGAAGGGGUCUAGAGAGGGGGCGAUGGAGGGAGAGGGGAGGGACGGAAAUGAGGCACGGGUUUUUGUGAAUGUGAGAGAGGAGGCUGAGGGAGGAGGCGAGGGGGAGCAGCGGGGAGAGGAAGAGGUGUUGCGAGAGGGGAGCGGGGGGAGAGGGGGGGUUGGGUCAUGGGGACAAGGGGGAGCAGAGGUUUGGGGAACUGGACAAGGAUUGGACAGGGAAGGAAGGGGAGGGGGAGAAUGGGGAUUGGGAAAGGGAGUAUCGAACAGAGUAAAGGAGCAGGGAUGGGCGGAGGGAGAGAAGGCCGAAUUGAGAGAAAGAUUUGAGGAGGGAUGGGGUGGGGGAGGGGAAGGUGCAUGGGGAAGUGAACAAGAGGAGGAAUCAGGAGGUGAGAGAAAAAGAUGGAGAGAUGAAGAAGGAGGAGGAUGGGGACUGGAUGGGGAGGGGAUGACAGGAGGAGCGAGCAAGGGUGGAUGGGGGCGAGGAGGUGGGGAGAAUCAGUGGGGAAUGGAAGGGAGCGAGGAGGGAUGGGCAAGGGGGCAUGGUGAGUGUGCACAAGGGAGGUCAGGAUGGGGCAUGGGGGAGAGUGGUUUGGCUCAGGGUUGGGGUGAGGAGCAGCAGAAGGGGGAGCAGAAAAAGGAGGAGCAGCAGAAGGGGGAGCAGCAGAGGGAGGAGCAGCAGGGGGGGGGUGGGUGGGAGGGGGAUGCGGAUGCGGGAAGGCCAGGAGGGAAUGGGAGGAAGAAGAAGAGGGCCAAGGCGAAGAGGCAGAGGCAGGAGCAGGUGCUCUCGUGUGGGCUCAACUGGGGUCGUGCUGGUGCAAGCGGGCAAGGCGAGGUGUUCACGGGGGGUCAUGCUCCCGGCCCUCCUCCUCCUGCUCCUGGCGCUCCCCCUCCUGCUCCUGGCGCUGCUGAUAAUGCCCCCCUUGCGCUGCCAGCUCCCCUUCCUGCAGCAUCAGUGUUGCCAGUUGGCCGUGCGAGGGACGCGGGAGAAGGGGAAGGAGCAAGGGUGGAGUCAUGUGGGCAGGAGGGAGGGCACCAAGUUGGGGGGGAUCAGAGGAGGCCGAAGCAGGAGGAGGAGUGGGAAGGGUUGGGGAUGGGCGUGCAGGGUGAUGGUGAUACCAGGAGGAUGCUGCUGAACUAUAGUGCUGCUGCUGAGCCAGGAGCCUCUGGACCAGCAGCAGCAACAAUGGGAGCACAAGUGAAGGUCGAAGCAGUGGUGACUGCAGAAGCAGGUACAGCACAGAGAGCAGCAGAGGCAGGUGCGGACGUGGCAGCAGGUGUGGUGACGGGCGUGCAAGAGUGCAGGGUGGCGGUGAAAACGGAGGCAGUGGGUGGGGAUGCAGAGAUGCAGGGAGGAGGCAGUGAGGGCGGGAUGGGGGAUGGGUGUGGUGGAGGUGUGGAGGGAACAAGGCAGGGAUUGGGAGGUGCGAUGGAUGAGGGACUAGGGGGCUGUGACGACCAGGAUCAGGAUCAGGGGCAGGGGCAGGGGCAGGGACAGGGGAAGGGGGCAGCGUGGAAGAGGAAGCAGAAGAGAAAGAGGAAGGCAGCUGCAAAGGCAGCAGCAGCGGAAGCAGGGACGAGCGAGGCCAAAGAAGCAAAGAGCUUUGCCACUUCUCUCUCCUCCCCCACUCCCCACUUCUUUUCCCCUUCUGCCUCUCCUCUUGUCCGCUUUCACCUAUCCCACGGCACAGCAGCGGAAGCGUUGGAGUCAGACGCACCGGGGCUGCUGCAGGUGCUGCAGCAGAGGGGGCUGCUGCGAGGCAUCCAGCUCUUCGACCUCGCCUUCAUGCGUGCAGCAGACGCAGCACCAACCCAUGAAGGCGAGGUCCAAGAGCUGCACACUGCCCCCCACGCAGGUCUCCUCCCCUCUCAGGGGGGGCAGCCGGGGGACAGGGUCGGUGGGGCUGAUGUGAGCCGUGGCAACGGGAAGGCGGGGCAGAGGGGGGAGAUAGGGGUGGAUGGGGUGGAUGGGGCGGAUGGGGUGGAUGGGGUGGAAGGCGAGGGGCAGGUGGGGUGUAAGAUGGAGUGGGGCGAGGGAGGGGUGGGUGCUGGGCCUGGCGUUUGGACAGAGCUCGAGUGCACGCACUCUGGUGAUGUGGGCGCUGGUGGUGGUGGUGGUGAUGCUGUGGCAAUGCCUCAAGCAGCAGCAGCAGCAGCAGCAGCAGGAGGAGCAGGAGCAGGAGAAGCAGCAUCAGCCCCAGUGGCAGUGCCCUCUGACUUUUCCGACCUGCAGAGGAUUCUGUCCAGGCUCUACUCGCACACGUGGGAGCGCCUGCCAGGGCAGGUGGGGGGGGCAGGGGGCGGAGCAGGAGCAUGGAAUCGGCCAGCGUACUGCGUGGAGAACCUCGUUGCGCUCAUCACCCAGGCACAUGCGGUGCAGCAGGCAGGGUGGCAGGUGUCGUGGGGCUGGUGUGGCGCCAUCCGUUGCUUCCUCUUUGUCUUCCCAGAUCACAACAGGGUCAUAUUGGAGGCACCAGAGUACGGCAAGGCCACUUACUUCUUUGAGCUGGAGGCGGGCGUGGCGGUGCGCUGGCAGCUGCAGCGCCUGCUCGCUGUCUUUGGCGCCGCCUCCGUGUCGCGCAUCGACGUCAUCACCAACCUUCCCCUCGAGGUUGGAGUGGACCUACCGGAGGAGGAGGCGGGGCGGUUGGAGCGGUACGGGUGGGUGCGGGGCACGGGCAUUGGGGAGCUGCUCAACUUCUGCGACCGCCUCCGCCACGACUACUCCCUCCAAGCUUCUCACACCGGCGCCCACAUUGGCGUGGGGCAACAGAGCGCGGAUGCGGGGAGGGAGGGUGAGAAGGGGAGAGGUGGGGAAGGGGAGGUGAAGGGAGGGCGAAAGGGGGCGUGGAGGAAGCGGGGAGUGCGGUUUGCAGUGGUGGAGAGGGAAGAGGCGUGCCACCCUGUGCUGGCUGCAGCAGAGGAGGCAGAGAGGGAGAGGGAGAGGAGGGAGAUGGAGGAGAGGGAGAAGAGGGAGCAGGAGAAGAAUAGGGGAGGGGAGGAGGAGGUGGGGCGUAGAGGAGAGUGUGCAGGGGAGAGUGAGGAACAGGCAGAGUUGGAAAGACAGCUCCGGCAAUACGAGCAGAGACAGCAGCAACGGAAGACAGAAGACGGAAAUGAAACGGACAGGAAAGAAGGAGGCUCUGAACUAAAUCACCACCCUUCUGAGCCUAGUUGCCAGCCACCACGGCACAAGCCUGAUUCCGAACCUACCAGGCUCGAUUCCGAGCCCGAGCCUGCGGGCAGAGUGGAGGCAUCACCAUGGGUGCAAAGCAUAGAGGAGUGGAAGAGGCGCAUUGCCCUGCGGCUGAGGGAGGGGCGGCAGCAGGGCCGGUGCUCCCGCCUGCACCGCUACUGCCAGCAGCGUGCCCCGCAGCACUCACAUGCCCUGAAGAGUGGUUUGCACAAUGGCCUGCAGGCUGAUGUGCAUGGGGGUUUUGAGGCGAGCAUACAGCCUGUUGUGGCUGCUGUUCUGAAGUCUCCUGAAAGUGCUGUGAUUCGGGGAGUCACUCAGACGGGUGCCACGUCACAGCAGAUUGACUGUGAUCAUGAGAAGCAGCAGCAGCAGCAGCAGCAGCAGCAGCAGCAGCAGCAGCAGCAGCAGCAGGGUGCAGUGAAAGAGGAGGAUUCUGACGACGACCUUCCCUUGCAGGCCCUUGUGCGGCAGCACCAGCAGAAAAAGACAAGGCGGGGGGAGGCGCAGCAGCAAGGGCAGAAAAAGGCGGAGGAGAGGCAGGAAGGGCAAGAACAAGAAUGUGGUGUUGCUGGCAAGAAUGGCGGAAGCAGGGGUGAAGUGGGGAGCACAGGAGGUGCCAGUAAGCACCAAGGACUGCUGUUGCAAAGGCCGAGUGAGAGUGUAGCAGUUGGUGCUGCAGUGACCCCCGCAGUUGGUGCUACAGUGACGCCUUCAGUUAGUGCUGCGGCUGCAGCGAUAGGUGCUGCAGCGCACGUGAUCGGGAGCUCAGUGCACAGCGUGACAGGCAGUGCUGCAGGUGCAGACGGCAAAAACACCGAGCUGUACCAAAGAAUGGAAGGGACUGCAGGCAACGAGGCCGUUGAGGGGGCCCAUGAGGAGGCGCAGGGGCUGCUUGUAGCGGGGAUGGAAGCAUGGGAAGGGUUGGAUGCAAGGGGCCCUCUGGACGACUGGGUGGAGCAGGAGGAGGGGGUGAUGGGUGGAGAGGUGGAGAUCGUAGGCGAUGGAGCAAUGGGAGAGGGCAGGGAGGGGGAUGGAAGAGAGAUGGAGGUGUUGCCGAUGCAGGCUGGGAUGUGCAUGGCAGCAAAUGUCGUGGUUUGA